AUGGCUGUCCGCGCCCAGUUCGAGAACUCCAACGAGGUUGGAGUCUUUUCCACACUUACAAACUCUUACGCUUUGGUUGCCGUCGGUGCCAGCGAGAACUUUUACAGCGUCUUCGAGGCCGAGCUUCAAGAUGUUAUCCCUAUCUGCAGAACCACCAUUGCCGGCACAAGGAUUAUCGGUCGCCUAACAGCUGGUAACCGCAAAGGUCUCCUCGUCCCCACCAGCACAAGCGACCAGGAACUGCAACAUCUGCGCAACAGUCUCCCCGACGACGUGCGCAUACAACGUAUCGAGGAGCGCCUGUCGGCCCUGGGCAACGUGAUCGUGUGCAACGACCACACGGCGCUGAUCCACCCGGAUCUGGAGCGUGAAACCGAAGAGAUCAUUGCCGACGUGCUCGGCGUCGAGGUGUUCCGCCAGACCAUUGCCGACAACGUGCUCGUCGGCAGCUACAUGGCGCUCAGCAACCAGGGCGGCCUCGUCCACCCCAAGACCAGCAUCCAGGACCAGGACGAGCUCAGCUCCCUGCUCCAGGUACCGCUGGUGGCCGGCUCCAUCAACAGAGGUUCCAACGUCAUCGGCGGCGGCAUGGUGGUCAACGACUGGAUGGCCGUCACCGGCCUCGACACCACGGCGCCCGAGCUUAGUGUUAUCGAGAGCGUGUUCAGGUUAGGAGAGGGUGCCGCGCCCGGCCAGAUCAACUCCAGCCUCAAGGAUACCAUGGUCGAGUCUUUCUACUAA